CGCAUUUACCCCCACGAUAUAAACGUGUUUUCCUUCAUUAUCUGAAGACAAAACCUGAGACUAUAACCCUCUUUUUUCUUUUUUUUUCUUUCUUGAACCAGCAGCUAUGCUUCUGUUUAAGCUUCUCUUCUGCUUUUUUGCGACGUGUGUCGCUGCUGCUCCCGCUGAGGAGAUUCCCGUGGCUCCCCUUGUAACAUUGUAUCGGGAUCUUGGUUGGACCGGAGACCAAUUUGAUGUACGGAGCAGGAGCACCUGCGUAAAAGUCACCGGCUCUCUCUAUGGUCAUGUGCAGUCUGCGAAACUGUGGCCAAACUCACCCCCUAAUAGGUUUUGCACUCUAUAUUCGACUAAUACCUGCGAUGAGGGCACUGCUAUAUUCUACGUGACUACAUCUAACAGCCCCGUCAAUAUCCGUCGCAACACUGACGUACGGUCGGUCCUCUGUAAAGAGAUUCAGAAAUAAUAUUUGGCUGGGAAAAGUGGUUUUAUAGCCAAGGCGUGGGCUCUGGAUGAAAUGGGACUCUGCUUUCCCCAAUUGGCGGGUUUGAAACGAGGGAGAGAGACAGUUUGUUUAUUAUGAGACUCUCCUGGAAUGACAUAGCUUUUACGAGAAGAUGAAGAGAUGAUGGAAUACCAGUUACUCGUCUACUUAAUUGCACCUAUUCAGUGUACUUUCUCAUCUUAAUAGUGCAAUCACUUGCACAUAGCCAAGUGAAUCUCUGCAUAAUCUCUGCAAACAACUUAUUCUAUUCAUAUUCUUUAGACUUUUCACUGAGCU